AUGCAGCUGUCCAAAAUUCAAUAUGGAGUCUUGUUGUUUUCAGGCGAAAUGACUCUCCUUCAGCGCUUGAAAAACCUGCCAUCAUUUUGGGCUUUUCGGAGCCUUCUAUCUGUCAAGGAAGGUAAUUUGUUUUCUAGUAUACAAUCCACAUUUUCUUUUUUGUGUUAAAAAAUUUUGUUGCGGGUAUUACGAGGUGCAGACAGUGAUCUGCAAUGGCCUUGCAUGCCCAGGACUUUGCCAAAAUAAAAUAACUUGUGUUUGCUUCUGUCUGAAUCCAAUAUUAUUAGAAAAGAGAGAUUUUUUGCAGUUAACUGUAAUCUUUCCAGUUGUAUGAUUUUAGUGAGUUCAUGUUAUAACAACUUUAGAAAGAAGACAAAUUACGGCUACUUAAUUGCAUUUUAUAGAAAUCCUUUCACAUUGUGCUGUUUUCAUAUUCGCCUCCUUAUGUACAAUAUGUGCCUAUUCUCGGACACUUUUUGCAUUUAUCACGAUAACUUACCUCAGAAGGGCGGGGGCAAGCUGAUACUUUCCUAGUAUAAAGUUCCUUCCUUACGUUCCUAAGGUUUUUUUCCAGAUUAGGCAAAUGAUUUUGUUCUUGUGCACCAACGUGGGUGCGUGACGUCAGGUAAAGAGUGUCUCCAGUUUGCUGGUCAUUGCUAUUGAGCAGAUAAAGAAAUGAUCUCAUCUCUCAUCCUCUGGCGCCCAUUGGGCAGAGUGCAGUCACGCAAGCUAACAUAUCCUGAAGUGACUACUAGGGAUUCAGGACUUGGUACAAGGGAUCUGAGUGUGACGAUGGUGAACCAUGGUUUGGGAGGGGAUCUCCAUGAAUGUCCCAUUUGCUCCAGUGGUCAAAGGAUGAGGAGGAGGUUAAUGAUGAAAAACCAGCAAUUCUUCAUUCUUUUGUAAAAUCAAGUGACAGUGUGCUCGUCUGUAAUCACUCUGAGUGAUUCAGUGUCAUUUAGGACGGUCCCCAAUAGGGUUCUCUCAUCCUGUCAUCCCAACCCAAAUUUUUGCUUAAUCUGGCAAUCUGGAUGAUUAUUUUUGGCAUGCCAGAUCCGAUGCUCACUUUUAAUCCCUUAUCUUGCCCCCAUCCUGCCCUUCAAAAGAGGCUAAGCCUGGAUCCCGAAGAACCUACUGGCAACCCUCUUUUAGAGCAAGUCAUUUCUACUGGCUGUUAUUUUUUAUUUCCAGCCUAUCCUGCCACCAGAUUUCAUGGCAAGCUUGUCACAAGAUGUUCAGAGCCUUGUUGUAGAAGAUUAAGCACAGUUGAUUUAAAUGGUUAGUACCAGUGUGGUGUUUUAUUAUUACCCCAACAGAGUUGCAAAUAACCCGCAGUCAGUGGGCAAUAGAAACCUUUAGAUUCUAAGACAAUGAUGACUACAAGUACGAGAUUUUCUCAGUGCUGAGAAGUUUGCAUGAGUGAACUGGCAUCAUUUUGGAGGGAAAACGUGAUCACUGUUGUCAUUCUGCUUCGAGUUUUAGUGAAAAUGUCGUAGUGACAGAAACAAGUUAUCAAAUGUUAGAAGUUUCAUCAGUGACUUUGUGAUCGGGAGAGGGAUUAACCUCCUUCAAUAAAAAUAACAGUGCUAACUUUUCUGGUGAACAAAAAGUACAUUAAAACUUUGAGGGUGUUUAGUUUUUGGGAUCACGGGAAAAAACUUUAGGUUCAAUCUCGUCCUUGACCUCGGAUCGAGAGAGCUCUAUUGUCUGACUAAAAUUGACCUAUAUCCGACAAAAUCUUAACUACAAAUAUGGUUGAACAUGAUGUCCAGUCAACGAUAAUACCAAAGACAGUCAAGUUGUAAGUGAUUAAAAAUCUGCCCUGUCGUCUCAAUGAAAUAUCAUGUUACAGUGAAUAUAUGGCAGUAAUAAGUCUACCUGAGAAUGUUGCACCUACCAAGGGGCCCAACUUACGUUAAAAAUGCUUAAUGCAUGCUUGAUUGUGUCUGAUCAUAUUUUUGUUUUGUCCAGCCAAAAUGGUGACUUAGCUGGACAUAUUUCCUUUCAAGAAAGAAAAAUUAUUUGUAGCUCUGCCCAAAACCCUCUAGCCUGGGUCACAGAUGGAACUAAACUUCUGAUUAUCCACUGCGAGCCCAGGCAAAUCCUUGUUUUGGGCCGUCAGGUUGUUUACCAGGAUUUGAGUACAUGCCAUGGUUGGCCUGUUCACAAAGCCAUUGUCAAUUUGCUAAGCAGGUUGAAGGGAAAUUCAAAACGCAUUUCGGGCGAUUUGUUGAGUAUUUUUGGGGGCCCAGAACAAAGAUAUGGGUACUGCUUUGCAGACGUUACGUUUUAAACCAGGGUUAAAUUUUGUUUCCAAUACAGGCUACAAAUGUUCUUUACACAAGGAUUCAAAAGAUGGAUUCAAAGACGUGGGAUUUUGUUGUAUAUAUUGGGGGCAGGGGAUUUUUGAGGGUGCUUAUUAUUUUCAGUUGUUGUGUAACCCUUAGCUGAAGUUUUUUGAAAGCUGUUUGUCAAAGCAAAAAUUUAUUUUAAUUACUAUUGCAUAUACUUGGUGCAAGUCCUGUAGUGUGAAUAAUACAUAUAAAACAAUGAGGAACACCAAAAUAAUGAGGAUAAUGACCCAUCAGUGGUCCAUUCGCAUUUCAUUGUCAGAGUAAACCAGACAGUGAACUUUAUUCACAGAUCUAUUUUGUCAAAUAUUUUCUCCCUAGUCACAAGCUCUCUUGUAGUUGGGUAUGUAUUAGGUGGGUUUUGUGCUAAAAAAUCCAAGCUGUUGUAAUCACUGUGUGAUAAUUAUUACUGGCCAGUGUUAACUUACAUCACUGCUCAUCUUGUUUUGUUUAAAGCUGAUAGCUGGAGGAGUGGCAGAAAAUAUAUCCGAGGAUAUGAAAACAUACCUGAACUUGAAGGGUAAAGGCAAUCACAAAGGCUUUGUUGUAGUUUUAUGUAAAAUUAUGUUUAUGCCAGUAAAUUGCAUAUGGCAGUGACCAACUCGAAAGCCUAAGUUCCUUUGGUCACUGUGCACUUUUUACCUUUCACCAUCCAUGUAACUUGUUCUCUUUUUUUUUUCUGUUCUUCUAAUAUUUUGUACUGUAUGCAGUAACGUCUUGUAAUAGUGCAAAAUCUGUCUACAUGAAGCUAACCUCACAUCAGGACGGGGAUGGGUGUUCAUGGACUUAAAAGAUACAUGAUUUUUAAACACAAACAGUAAAACACUUGCUUCAUCUUUCAUGUGCAGUUACUCAUUCUUUUUUCAUGUUUUGAAUUUUUCUUGCUAGUGCCCCUGAGGAAGUUAAAAGAGUGUUUAGUCUGGAAAAUGCAAACCAGGUACAGUUGACUCCCAAUAACUCGAACCUCACGCUAACUCGAACCUCGCGCUACAUGCAACUCGAACCAAAAUCGAUUUCCCCUGGGUUUCCGUCAUACAUUUACUGUAAUUUUACCCUCGGUAACUCGAACCCUUGAUAACUCGAACCUCCCGCUAACUCAAAGUAAUUUUUUUUUCUCCACAGAUCAUUUCUAUAUAAUUUUAGUCUCGAUAACUUGAAGUAUGUUUUGAGCCUUUAAAAAUUGGGGGAAAAAAGAGUGUACUGGCGUCCAAAACAUUGCAUUUGAAUUUUCCAUUGACUUGUUGUAGGCAUAUAGUUUACUCGUGGAGGCUGAUGUUGUUUGUCACAAAUCUAAAGUGAAACAACUUUACCAAUCUCAAAACAGUAAAACACAUGUAGACUAUAUGACUUGUGUUGUUACAUUACGUUCUGAUUUAUAAUCUAGGAGUAUCUUUUAAUUUUCACUUAACAUUUAUGCAAUUAAAUGUGAUUAAAAUGUUCAUGAUGCAGUAAAAACUGUUCUUUUCCUUACUCCUGGCCAUUUUCUUUGUGCUCCCGAUAACUCAAACUGUUUUUGAUUUCCCUUGAAGGUUCAAGUUAUCAGGAGUUGACUAUAAUAUUAAUCAUAACAUGAAAGUUAUUGGUUUUUCUUUGCUGAAUCUGUGUUAACUAUCAUGUGAAAUAUUGUUUUUGAACUGUUGUUUCCUCAAUGUACUGAAAGUUAAGAAAAGGAAAUUGCUUUUAUUGCAAUGAAACGUUAGCUGUUUUUUCAACUUACACCUCCGAUCAGAAUCACAAAACAAUGUUUCUUUUUUCAACUGUGAGAGAAAUGAUCUGUCCAAUUAAAAGCCAUUUGUGAGUUUUGUGGCAAAACUCCUUAUGGCUUUAAUAUACUUGUUUUUGUAUCAUAAAUCACACUUGUUUGCUGCACCAACUUGUUCAAUUUCAGACACGUCAACAACUCAUGCAUAAAUACUGUGGGUGCAAAGUUUCCAUAAAGUUUACAAUAUUUGUUCAUUUUCUUCAAAUAGUGCAAUCUCCAGUAUACAAGAUUUAACCCUGCUUUUCUUUCACUCCUUCAGUUUGAACAGCGGAAAGUUGCCAUUGAAAAAGUAAGAGAACAAUACAUUGAUGAUGCAGAGAGGAAAAGUAAGUUCUUCUGAUGCUGUUUGGCUAAUGUACCACUGUAGAGACCAGUUGCUUAUGUACCGUUGCACAGAGCACGAGCAAGAAAUCAUAGGAGGGAAAAGAGAUGAAGUUUACUUUUUCUUCCAUCCCAUCACUCUUCCUCCACCAUCCCCCCCCCUGACCCCCCCCAACCCCUCACUGCUCAAAUAUCCCCCAAAAAAGUGAUCAAGAGCAACUGGGGACAAGGUACCUUAACAAGUGGGUUCUUAUUAUAAACUCUUAUUUUCUUCUUUUAUUACGAUUUUGAAUAAUUGCCUCUCCAUGUUACCUCUUUCUCAUCAGUUGCAGAAUUGUCACUGAAAAUUGAAGCAGUGAAAAAGCAUAACAAUACAGGGAGGAAUUCAAAAAAGGUAACUUUGUAUCAGACCCUGUUGGAAGUUAGUGUUAAGUUGAAUAUGACAGGGGUAGGCUUGAUUUUCAACACUCUCUCAGGUCUGGUUUUGUUUCUCCCCGAGAAGAGAACUUUUCGGGGGAGAAGCGUCGGCUCAUUUCCCGAGCGGUGGUUGGUAAUUGAGCCUAACAGAGGGGAAGCUAGGAUUUAAUUUUCUUGAAAAGGAAGCUGGCUAAUUGCUUAUUAUUAGGAAUUAUACAGCUUCCUUGUGGAGAUGUUAAGUCUUUGUAAACGCAUUCCUGCAAAAGUCCAUAUUAUAUUAGUGGAUUAUUGUAGUCUAAGAGAACAGAUCAUAAAUAGCUGUCACACCUGCAAAUAGAGCAGUUUUCACUUGACUGUCGAAAGGGAUUGGUUUUGGUUUUGGUUUGGUUUUACUACGCCCUUUGGUUGGCUAGUGUAUUUACUUUGGUUUUGGUUUUACGACAGUCAAGUGAAAACCGCUCUAUCCACUGUUUCACUGUUCAUCAGUAGGAUGCCUAAAAUGCCUGCAACACUACCCCUACGAUACGAUUCACUACAAUUACAAUUAUUGGUUAACUUUCCGCUUCAAUGAAUCUUAUACCGAUUAACGAUUGGAGGAGCCACUUAAAAUUUGAGCGCCAUUACUGGCAGGACAUGUUAAUAAGGAGCAAGGGUGUCGCAGUGGUGACAGCACAGGCCUCGCACCAAUGUGGCCCGGGUUCAAACCCCGGCAUCAACGCCACUUGUUUUUUUAGUUUGUUGUUAGUUCUCUCCAUACUCCGGUUUCAGUUUCCCUCUCCUCGAAAGCCACUUUCAAAAUCCAAUUCGAUCUGGAACGCAGGGCACGAUUAUAUAAUUAAGUAUUUCGUGAGUGAACGGGUUUCAACUAACAAUCUUUUCAGUUUGCGAUUAAUACGAGGCUGUCUUGUGUACGUAACAUUGUAGGCAUUGUGAGCAUGUUCGCGAUACCGUUCAACUGGAAGUUGUUGUUUUAACUGGGAUCUAUGCAUUACAGCCUUGCUGAUUACUAUUUUUGUUCUUUUAUCCUUGCUUCCUUUUCAGGAUAAACACAAUAAAGUAUUUCUUAACUGGUUAAUAAGUCAAAGAAAAAAGAAACUAGGCCAUCUCAAGAACGGUCGAUUUGAGCGUUACCUGGUGUUAUCACAAGAACUCGACCUUCCUCUUCUGGAGAGCCCGCAUACAAAAUGGAACAAAUACAAGUUCAGAAAGUUUAAAAUCGGCGUUGAAAUCAAAGAGAAAAAGAGAUUCCCUAAGUGA